AUGGAGGAUGAGGAUGGAGGGGGAGGUGGUGGUGGUGGUGGCGGAUCUAGGAUUCAGUCCGGUCCAAAACAAGAUGAUGUAAAGGAGAAACAUCAAACCGAACAAGACCAGAGCGAGACAGAAAACUCAGACGAAAAAGCCCUCAAGAAACCUGACAAAAUACUCCCUUGCCCUCGCUGCAACAGCGUGGAGACAAAAUUCUGCUACUUCAACAACUAUAACGUGAACCAGCCUCGUCACUUCUGUAAGAACUGCCAGCGGUACUGGACAGCUGGCGGAACCAUGCGGAACAUUCCUGUGGGUGCCGGCCGCCGCAUGAACAAGAACGUGGGCCUCACACAGCUCGGCCACCACAAUGUUCCUCCGGAAGCUCUCCAAACCCUACAAGCGAAUCCCAAUCCUAGUAAUCCCACGCUAUGCGAAUCGAUGGUAUUCGUUUUGAAUAUUGCGGAUAAAUAUUGUGGAAACCACCGCCGUGAACUACAGAUCCAUAGCGGCGGGAGGCGGUGA